UAAACUAUAUUCAAUUAUUCGCUUGGUUUAUGUUUAUUUCCCUUCUUUUCUUCUGCUUCUACUCUCGACUUAUUUCUCUGUGUUCACUUCAUUUGUUUAUCAAGGCACUACAUUUAGCUGAAUGAAUCUUUUUCAGGAACCGUUUGACACUUUUUUCUUUUUAGAUUAUUAUCACCAUCUGGACAACUUCGUUAAGGAGCUACCUAUAUUUCUAAGCCUCGAUGUCUGAAACCGAAAUACUUCUCAAAGUUCUCAUAAUUGGGGACCCGAAUGUAGGCAAGACAUCGUUUGUUCAGAGGUAUAUUAAUAACACUUUCCGAGGGACAUACAAGUGGACAAUUGGUGUUGAUUUUGGUUUGAAAUUGAUACAAUGGAGCCCGACUGAAGCAGUCAAGCUGCAACUGUGGGAUAUUGCAGGACAGGAACGUUACACAUCGAUGACACGUGUGUACUACAAAGAUGCGUUUGGUUGUGUUGUGAUGUGUGACAUAACACAGUCACAAACUUUCAAGAGUGCAGCACUAUGGAAGAAAGAUCUUGACUCAAAAUGUACCUUAUCUGACAACUCACCAGUGCCAUGUAUCUUAUUGGCUAACAAGGAUGACCUUCCCAUCAGAAGUGUAUCUGAAAAAGACUUGGAUGCCUUUUGUAAAGAACAUAAUUUCUUGGCAUGGGCCAAUAUAUCGGUGAAAGAGAAUCACAUGAUAAAAGAAUCAAUGAAGUUAACAGAU